AUGGCAGACCAGAUCCAACCAAGCUUAUACGAUCUUCCGCAGAGCCCACCCAACUACGACAAGGUGGGGACUUUUUAUAUUGCCUUUUGCGCAACAUGGACGUUCCUCUUAAUCCUUGGCAUGAUAUUUCUAAUCGCCAAUCGUAAAAAUCCGAUUAUUAAGAUCCGUGGUCUGGCGUUGUCGCUCACAUCCAUCUUCUUCCUUCAUCUAUAUUGGAUCCUUGCUCAGAUCACAUAUCCAGUCGGACUAACGCUUCCUGUAAUUUUGGCCUAUGAUGUUCAAUACUUCUUCAUGGGCCUUUGGUUUCCUUUGGGCGUUGCACUAUUCCAUGCCUCCAACACUCGCUUCCUCUAUAUCGCCAAGCUGCAGAAGAGAUAUGCCCAGUCUUCUAAUCUUCGAACGAAGAAGCAUGGGUGUAAUGGAGCAGCGACUUCUUGGCUUUGUCGGUUGAGAAAUCUGGAUUAUCCGACUAGAAUAUUGAUCUAUAUCGGCUUAGGCAUGAUACUUCAGGUCCUUCUCACUGUUGGAAUGUGGCUCAUGUCUCGUAAGUACCAUCCUACCUUUGGUAUCGCUGGUACAGAGCUCCCAUCUGGAACGAUUGCCGAGCAAAUGAUCGAGAUGAGCCGUGGAUGGGAGUGGUGGCCAUCUGCGCUAUGGCAGUCGAUCUGGACAUGGAUAAUUGCGCCUAUUUUGAUCUGGAAAGCCUGGGGUAUUCAUGAUACAUUAGGCUGGCGUUUCCAGACUCUCGGUUGCUGUAUCUCGAACCUCCACGCAACACCAAUGUGGUUGGUAUCCAUGUAUGUGCCAGCCUUCACGAAGGUCAACGUAUACUUCGCGCCAAGUGAAUGGAUUCACUUAUCUGUCAUGUUCUUCGAAAUCUUUACUGUAUUCGUCCCCUGCUGGUUAGUUGUGAGACAUUACCGUCUACGCAAGAGAGCAGCAGAUUCGAACGCCAAGUGGGAAACAGCAUCGCAGUCGACGUUGAGAAAAUCGAGUACGGUAGAAUGGAAAACGGCAUCUGUGAUGGAGAAGGGUCUCACGAUAGACUUCUUGGACAGGGAUAUGGGCGACCGCUUAUUCACUAUGAGUGCGCUGGACCACGUGCUGAGCGAGAACCCAGGCCCGUUGCAAGAAUUCUCGGCGUUGAGAGAUUUCUCAGGGGAAAACAUCGCUUUUCUUACUAACGUUGCUUCCUGGAAGUCUUCAUGGCCAGGCGGCGCUACUGAAGAUCAGAUCCGCGAUACAUUCACUCGUGGACUAGUUAUAUACACUAGCUUCAUCAGUCCCCGGGAUGCUGAAUUUCCAAUCAACAUUCCCUCGAAAGACUUGAAACAACUCGAGGCCAUUUUCGAGCGACCGGCGCGAAUUGUAUGCGGAGAAGCACGAGUGGACACGGCUACGCCAUUCACAGCUGAUGGGCCCUCUCCGGGUGCCGAUAAUGAAUCAGACUCUGACCGGGAUUGGAUUGAGCUUGGGGAAGUUGCAGGUAGAAUUCAAUACGUUGGUGAGAUAUCGGAAGAAUUCGAUUUCGGUGUAUUUGAUCGUGCACAGGCGCAUAUCAAAUAUCUAGUGUUGACAAACACAUGGCCGAAAUUUGUGACGGAGAUACAAGAACAGAGACGUUCUGGAGAAACUGAAAGGAGCGGCAAUACCGGGAGGUCCAACUUGACAAUUGUGAGCCGAAUAUCAAAUAUUGCACGAUCUAUGUUAUGAUUUUGUUAAAAGAUAGUUUAGGGUAUUAAUAGGUGGG